UGGGGGUCGCGUACAUGGUUUACAUGAGAGAUGAGGUGGACAGAUGAACAAGCCAACUGAUCAGGGUUUGGAGCGAAUCGCAAUCGCAAUCGGCCAAAUAUCUGUUCUGGAGACGUGGAAGGAGAUUUCGAGAGGCGCCAGCCAUGGCAGAAGGGGGCUGUACGAAAACUGAAGAAGAUGAAGGUCCUAGCACGGAGGAAGACUCCCAAUCCUACCAUGGUCUCGGCGUAUGCAAAUGGUUCAAUGUGCGGAUGGGUUUCGGGUUCCUGUCCAUGACCAACAGAGAGGGUGCGCCACUGGAGUCCCCGGUUGAUGUGUUUGUGCACCAGAGCAAGCUGCACAUGGAGGGCUUCCGCAGCCUGAAGGAGGGGGAGGCCGUGGAGUUCACCUUUAAGAAGUCCUCCAAGGGCCUGGAGUCCGUGCAGGUCACGGGGCCAGGAGGAGCACCCUGUGUGGGCAGCGAGAGGAGACCCAAGGGGAAGAGUGUCCACAAACGCCGUUCCAAAGGAGACAGGUGCUAUAACUGUGGAGGUCUGGACCACCAUGCCAAAGAGUGCAAACUGCCACCGCAGCCCAAGAAGUGCCAUUUCUGCCAGAGCAUAGCCCACAUGGUCGCCAACUGCCCGGUCAAAGCACAGCAGUCCUCACCCAGCUCUCGGGGAAAGCCUUCGCCACAGAAGGGUGAGGAAGAGGAGCAGAGCCACUCGCCGCCACCUCCUGAGAGCACUGAGUGAAGGCCAUUGGUCGAGCUCAGUGGUGGAGGGCGGGAGAAGAUACAGGACACCAAUCAAACCACUUCACUGGAAAAAAAACGAACGCAUGUUCCUAACAAUGCUGCUUUUGGAACUACCUCAGGUUUUAUGGAUAAGAGAUAUUGCAGCGAAGAAUGUUAUGUGUUUUUUCUUAAUCCGUGUAACACUCAGGAAUGUGAAUGCUCUUGUACUCAGGAAACGAAAGCAUAAUACAAAUCAAGUGAGGAGAAAUUGCAACAAAAAUCAUUUCUCACUUGUUAUCUCAUGUUCUUUCUCCCAGAAAAAAAUCAUUGACAAGAGCUGGAAUCCUUCCAUCUAAUUGAGAAGGUCCUCUAAGCUUGAUUCCAUUCUCAUAGUCUUUAUACCAAAAGAGCCCAUUCCUGGUUAUGCUAUGCUGU